UCCUGUCUUCAGGAGAAACCUUUGCUGUCUGGGGAUUAAAGUAUGUGUCUGCUGAACUGCCAGCUGCAGCAUUGCCCCCUCCUGCUAAGUGGUGAAGGUGUUUGGGGGCACGUGGGAAAGAGACUGCCUUGGCGUUAUGGUCGUUUGGCGGUCUUAAAGGGCUGGGCGGUGGUGGCGCACACUUUUAAUCCCAGCACUUGGGAGGCAGAGGCAGGUGGAUUUCUGAGUUCGAGGCCAGCCUGGUCUACAGAGUGAGUUCCAGGACAGCCAGGGCUAUACAGAAAAACCCUGUCUCGAAAAACCCAAAAAAAAAAAAAAGAAAAAAGAUGUUGACUAGGGUUCACAAAAGCAGGUGAGAAAUGGCCGUGGCGAUGCAGACCUAGCAGGACUGUGAGAUCAAGGCCAACUUGAAGUACUUAGUGAGACUCUCUCUCAAAGGAGCAGCAACAAAAUUUGAACCCCAGAGGUGUCUGCUUUCACAGAAUCCAGGUCAGGUUGGAAAUACAGGGAAGCAGAGAGUGGUCGAAAGUCAUAAACAGGGCUGGAAAGUGAGCUCCGUGGGUAAAGCCUCUUGCUGUGCAGUCAAAUGACCUGAAUUGGAUCCAUUAUUUGUAAGUCACAGUGCUCUGGUGAGGGGACUAAUCCAAGCUGAGAGUUCCAGGAAACCUUACUGAAAAUUAUACUUGCGCUCGGAGAUGAAGGAGAGGAAAGAGACCCAUUUGGUGAUUUAGAAAUGAAGGGGUCCAGAGUUUACAGAUGCCCAGAGGCAGAGCAUAUCUGGCUUAUAAACACGAGAGCAAAGAAACUACUGUGGCUGGAACAGUUACCAGAAGCAAAGCAGCAGCAACUAGAUGUAUUUAAAGGGGAAGAAGAACUUAAGUGUGGAUUUGUAGGACCCUGUAGGUAGGUGUCUCACCUUUACUAAGACAAAAGUUGUUUUUUCCUACUGAGAUACAACUCACAUACCAUACAGAUAGCCCAUUUUAUUGUUUUCUAGAGCUAGCGUCACUGUGUGUAGCCCAGGUUGGUUGUAUGCAUGUGACAUAACUCGCCUUCACCUCCCAAGUGCUACCAUACUCCAUCAGCUUACCCACUUCAUGUUUGGGGCUUUGGGGUUAUUUUCUGGGAUUUUGGUUGGUUGUUUGCUUUGGGUUUUCAAGACAGGGUUCUCAAUGUAGCCUUGGCUAGAAGUAGCUCUCUGACCAGGCUUGGAACUCCGAGAGAUCUGCCUGCCUCUGCCUUCCAGAGUGCUGGGAUUAAAGGCACGUGCUACGCUCAUGUUAGGUUUUUAGUUAUUUACUGUUUUUGAGAUAGUGUCUCCUGUAUCCCUGGCUGGCCCCAGACUAACUAUGGAGUCAAGGAUGAUCUUGAUGGUUUUUCCUGCCUCUGCCUCCCAAGUGCUGGCAUUUCAGAUGUGUGCAGCUGUACUAGGUUUUCUAAAGUGCUAAAGAUCAUGCUGGGUUAGCCCAGGUUUUUGCAAAUGCUAAGCAAACUCUGUCAGUUGGGAUUAAAGGUGUUUGCCACCACCACCACCUGUCAUGUAUAGGUUUUUAUUUAAAUGUAUUUUUAAAGACAAGUUUUAAUUUAUUUUGGUGUCUUCGUCUGUCUUUUUUGUUACUGUGAUAAAAUGCUCUUGACAAGAACAUCUAAAGGAGAUAGUUAGCAAACAAUUUCAGGUUUACAGUCCAUCACAGUAGGGAAGUCAUAGCAGUACGAUCUUGAAGCAUGGGGCUGGAAAGAUGGCAGUGAUUAAGAGCAUGUACUACCGUUACUGAAGACCAACGUUUAGUUCCCAGCACCCAGACCUUUGUGUUGAAAAACAAACAAAAUUGGACAGUGAGUCUGGAGAGACUGCUUAGUGGCUAAAAGCAAUUGUAGCACAAAGUACAUUUGGUACAAACAUAUAUAUAAAUAAAUGCAUACUUUAAAAAUAUGGACAGUGGUCCCUGAGCUUUUUUCUUUCAUGUUUCUGUACAUGCCCAGUCGUCCUCCCCCUCUCUUAGACUAGUACCUUGCCUCCAUUUAUGAGUUACUGAAUCUCCUAUCAAACUUUUCAGCCCUACUCCUUGUCGAAUUUCCCCGCUGGUGCCGGCAGGCGGCGACAAAUCUCCUGGUAGGGCGCUCUGUCAGGCAUGGACACCUCUGUGGUGCCAGACUGCGAGCACUGCCGCUGCACUUCCGGGCGCGGAUCCAGUGGUUUUCUUCUCACCCGUCUGGAGCUCACCAAUCAAAGCAGUUGCCAAGAGCCCCCGGGCCCUGGUUCCCUGCCAUGGGAGAGUCAAGGAAAGCCUGGGGCCUGCUGGAUGCCCUCCCGCUUCUCCAGGGUUGUUUUGGUGCUGAUAGAUGCUCUGCGGUUUGACUUUGCCCAGCCUCAGCGCUCGAGUGUGCCUGGGGAACCUCCUGUCUCCGUGCCUUUUCUGGGAAAAUUAGGUUCCUUGCAGAGGAUCCUAGAGAGCCAACCCCACCAUGCCCGGCUGUACCAGUCUCAGGUGGAUCCCCCCACAACCACCAUGCAGCGUCUGAAGGCUCUCACCACCGGCUCGCUGCCUACUUUUAUUGAUGCUGGCAGUAACUUUGCCAGCCAUGCUAUAGUGGAAGAUAAUCUCAUCCUGCAGCUCAACAAUGCAGGAAGGCGUGUAGUCUUCAUGGGAGACGAUACCUGGAAAGACCUUUUCCCUGGAGCGUUUUCCCAAGCUUUCUUCUUCCCAUCCUUCAAUGUCAGAGACCUGCACACCGUGGAUAACGGCAUCUUAGAACACCUCUAUCCUACCAUGGACAGUGGUGCAUGGGAUGUGCUGAUCGCUCACUUCCUGGGUGUGGAUCAUUGUGGUCACAAGCAUGGCCCUCACCACCCUGAAAUGGCCAAGAAACUUAGCCAGAUGGACCAGGUGAUACAGAGACUUAUAGAACACCUGGAGAAUGACACACUGCUGGUGGUCGCUGGUGACCAUGGGAUGACUGUGAAUGGGGACCAUGGAGGUGACAGUGAGCUGGAGGUGUCAGCCACACUUUUCCUGUACAGUCCCACGGCCCUCUUCCCUAGUGUGCCACCAGAGGAGCCAGAGGUUAUUCCUCAGGUCAGCCUUGUGCCCACACUGGCACUGCUGCUAGGCCUGCCCAUCCCAUUUGGGAACAUUGGGGAAGUGAUGGCUGAGCUAUUCUCAGGUGGAAGUGACACCUCCCGUCCUUACUCCUCUGCUCUAGCCCAAGUCUCGGCUCUCCACAUCAAUGCCCAGCAGGUGUCCCGGUUUCUUCAUACCUACUCAGCUGCGACUCAGGAUCUCCAAGCGAAAGAGCUUCAUCGGCUGCAGACGCUCUUCUCCAGGGCCUCUGCGCGUUACCAGCACCUUCUGCGCGACUCCGGAGAGGCUGAGGCAGCGCUGAGCACGCUGACUGCUGAGUUCCAGCAGUUCCUGCGGGGAGCUCGGGCCCUGUGCAUCGAGUCUUGGGCCCGCUUCUCUCUGGUCCGAAUGGCAGGGGGUGCUGCGCUCUUGGCUGCUACCUGCCUUCUCUGCCUGCUUGCAUCCCAGUUGGCAGUAGCCCCAGGCUUUCUCUUCCGCCCACUACUGCUAAUACCUGUAGCCUGGGGCCUAACUUGGACCAUACUGUUUGUUGGAGUCUCGGUAACUACUGGGUCCAAGAUAGACUCAGUGGUUCUGGGGGCUGUGGCUGCAGCUGGUUCACUCCUCCCUUUUCUGUGGAAAGCUUGGGUUAGCUGGGGGUCUAAGAGGCCCCUGGCUCCCCUACUUCCUGUUCCUAGACCUGUCCUAAUACUACUGCUCAUCCGCUUGGCCACCUUCUUCUCUGACAGCUUCGUUGUCGCUGAGGCCAGGGCCGCCCCCUUCCUUCUGGGCUCUCUCAUUCUCUUCCUGGUUGCUCAGCUUCACUGGGAGGGUCAGCUACUGCCACCCAAGCUGCUCACGACAUCCCGCCUUGGCUCUUCUGCCCCAACAGCACCCCCACGGCACAGUGGCACACAUGCCCUGUGGCUUGGAAUUGGGUUGCUUUUAUUUACAAGGCUAGCUGGGCUUUUUCACCGCUGCCCGGAAGAGACACCUGCCUGUCGCUCCUCUCCCUGGCUGAGUCCUCUGGCAUCUAUGGUGGGGAAUCGAGCCAAGAAUUUGUGGUACGGAGCUUGCGUGGGGGCACUGGUGGCCCUGUUAGUCGUCGUGCGCUUGUGGCUUCGCCGCUAUGGUAAUCUCAAGAGUCCCGAGCCCUCUGUGCUCUUUGUGCGCUGGGGGUUACCUCUCAUGGUACUGGGCACGGCCGCCUACUGGGCACUGGCGUCAGGAGCAGAGGAAGCACCACCACGGCUCCGGGCCCUGGUUGCCGGGGCAUCGGCUGUGCUGCCUCGGGCUGUGAUGGGGCUGGCUGCCUCGGGACUCAUGCUUCUGCUCUGGAGGCCUGUGACAGUGCUGGUGAAGGCUGGGGCUGCUACUUCAAGGACCAGGACUAUCCUCACUCCUUUCUCAGGUCUCCCUACUUCCCAGGCUGACCUAGAUUAUGUGGUCCCACAAAUCUACCGCCACAUGCAGGAGGAGUUCCAGGGCCGGCUGGAGAGGACUAAAGCUCAGGGUACCAUAACCGUGGCUGCCUAUCAGUUGGGAAGUGUCUACUCAGCUGCUGUGGUCACAGCCCUCACCCUCCUGGCCUUCCCACUUCUGCUGUUGCAUGUAGAGCGCAUCAGCCUCGUGUUCCUGCUCCUGUUUCUGCAGAGCUUCCUUCUCCUGCACCUGCUGGCUGCUGGGACACCAGUCGCCACCCCUGGUCCUUUUACUGUGCUGUGGCAGGCAGUCUCAGCUUGGGUCCUUCUGGCAACCCAGACCUUCUACUCCACAGGCCACCAGCCUGUCUUUUCAGCAAUUCAUUGGCAUGCAGCCUUCGUGGGCUUCCCGGAUGGCCAUGGCUCUUCUACCUGGUUGCCUGCCUUACUAGUGGGAGCUAACACCUUUGCCUCCCAUCUCCUCUUUGCAGUCGGUUGCCCACUGCUCCUGCUCUGGCCCUUCCUGUGUGAGCGUCAAGGGCCAAAGAACAGGCAGCCUCUCCCAGGAAGUGAGUCUGAGGCCAGAGUCAGGCCUGAGGAGGAGCAAGAGGAGCCACUGAUGGAGAUGCGCCUCCGGGAUGCGCCUCAUCACUUCAACGCAGCCCUGUUGCAGCUGGGCCUCAAGUACCUCUUUAUCCUUGGAGCUCAGAUUCUAGCCUGUGCCUUGGCAGCUUCCGUCCUCCGCAGACAUCUCAUGGUCUGGAAGGUGUUUGCUCCCAAGUUCAUUUUUGAAGCCGUAGGUUUCAUCGUGAGCAGUGUGGGACUUCUCCUGGGCAUAGCAUUGGUGAUGCGAGUGGAUGGCGCUGUGAGUUCCUGGUUCAAAAAACUAGUUCUGGCCCAGCAGAGGUAGCCCAGGUUGUGCAUGUUGGUGCCUGGCCAUGGAGAGAGCUGGGGACUAAUCCGGCCUGACCUGUACUGGUGCUGGAUAUUCUGCAAGAGACUCCAAUAUGCCUCUUAAAGCACCCUGUAACCAGAGACUGCUCAACUCUGGGACUUUAUUUAUAACUGAGACUCUCCUGGACCCUGAGCCCUAGCUCCUGAGUCAGAUACAUCUGAUGGACAACAGGGGCAGUCACCAAAGUGGAAUAAAAGAACAAUGUGAAUGCU